UUCUGACGUCAGCGGUCUCUUCCCUGCCUAUGCCCUCGUGUGGUGGGCAGUGUUAACUUUACUGUCUCUUUUUCCACCAAGAGAAUCUAAAACCAUCCGCCAAAAUGGUGAACUUUACCGUAGACCAGAUCCGUGCCAUCAUGGACAAGAAGGCAAACAUCCGUAACAUGUCUGUUAUUGCGCACGUUGACCAUGGAAAGUCCACUCUGACAGACUCGCUCGUGUCAAAGGCCGGUAUCAUCGCCUCAGCACGUGCCGGAGAGACCCGGUUCACAGACACGCGAAAAGAUGAACAGGAGCGCUGUAUUACCAUCAAGUCUACUGCAAUCUCCAUGUUCUACGAGCAGACCGACAAUGACAUGGCCUUCAUUAAGCAGUCCAAGGAUGGCAAUGGUUUCUUGAUCAACUUGAUUGACUCACCUGGCCAUGUUGACUUCUCAUCAGAAGUGACGGCUGCUCUCCGUGUCACUGAUGGAGCUCUUGUUGUUGUGGACUGUGUGUCUGGUGUCUGUGUGCAGACAGAGACAGUGCUUCGUCAGGCCAUUUGUGAGCGCAUCAAGCCAGUCCUGAUGAUGAACAAGAUGGACCGUGCCUUGUUGGAGCUGCAGCUUGAACCUGAAGACCUUUAUCAGACUUUCCAGCGUAUUGUUGAGAGUGUCAAUGUCAUCAUCGGUACAUACGGAGAGGAAGAAGGACCCAUGGGCAACAUCAUGGUUGAUCCAGUUAUCGGCACUGUUGGCUUUGGCUCUGGACUCCAUGGCUGGGCUUUCACUCUGAAGCAGUUUGCUGAGAUGUAUGCUGCCAAAUUUGCUGCCAAGAAAGAUGCUGCAAUGACACCAGAAGAGCACUGCAAGAAGGUGGAAGACAUGAUGAAGAAGUUGUGGGGUGAUCGGUACUUUGAUGCGAGCUCUGGAAAGUUCGUCAAAAGUUCUGCUGGACCUGAUGGCACCAAGCUCCCCCGCACCUUUGUUGCUCUUGUCCUUGAUCCCAUCUUUAAGGUUUUUGAUGCCAUCAUGGGCUUUAAAAAAGAGGAGACUGCCAAACUGAUUCAGAAGCUGGACAUCAAGUUGGAUAAUGAUGACAAGGAUAAGGAGGGCAAGCCUCUGAUGAAGGCUGUGAUGCGUCGCUGGCUGCCCGCUGGUGAAGCCUUGUUGCAGAUGAUCACCAUCCACCUGCCUUCCCCUGUCACUGCUCAGAAGUACCGUUGUGAACUGCUCUACGAAGGACCCCCUGACGAUGAGGCUGCCAUGGGUAUUAAGAAUUGUGACUCCAAGGCUCCUUUGAUGAUGUACAUCUCAAAGAUGGUCCCCACUAGUGACAAGGGUCGCUUCUACGCUUUUGGUCGCGUCUUCUCUGGCAGUGUCUCUACUGGCCUAAAAGUACGCAUUAUGGGACCAAACUACGUCCCUGGAAAGAAGGAUGACCUCUACCUGAAACCAAUUCAGAGGACCAUUCUGAUGAUGGGUCGUUAUGUGGAACCCAUUGAGGAUGUGCCAUGCGGUAACAUUGUGGGUCUGGUUGGAGUGGACCAGUAUCUUGUCAAGACGGGAACAAUCACUACCUUUGAGCAGGCGCACAAUAUGAAGGUGAUGAAGUUCAGUGUCAGCCCUGUCGUGAGAGUUGCUGUGGAAGCCAAAAACCCAGCUGAUCUACCCAAGCUGGUGGAGGGUCUCAAGCGUCUGUCCAAGUCUGAUCCUAUGGUGCAGUGCAUCAUUGAGGAGUCUGGGGAGCAUAUUAUUGCUGGGGCUGGAGAGCUGCAUCUGGAGAUCUGCCUCAAGGAUUUGGAAGAGGACCAUGCUUGCAUUCCACUUAAGAAAUCUGAACCAGUGGUGUCCUACAGAGAGACAGUGAGUGCACAGUCAAGUGUGAUGUGCCUGUCCAAGUCCCCCAACAAGCACAACCGUCUCUUCAUGAAGGCCCGUCCCUUUGAAGAGGGUCUUGCAGAGGAUAUUGACAAGGGCGACGUUUUCCCUAAUCAGGAACUCAAGGCCCGUGCCCGCUACCUUGCUGAAAAGCAUGAGUGGGAUGUCACAGAGGCCAGAAAAAUCUGGUGCUUCGGUCCUGAUGGGAAUGGACCCAACCUGUUGGUGGACGUUACCAAGGGAGUGCAGUAUCUCAAUGAGAUCAAGGACAGUGUUGUGGCUGGAUUCCAGUGGGCAGCCAAAGAGGGUGUCCUUUGUGAGGAGAACAUGCGUGCCAUCCGCUUUGACAUUCAUGAUGUGACCCUGCAUACUGACGCAAUUCAUCGUGGUGGUGGCCAGAUCAUUCCUACAGCCCGUAGAGCACUCUAUGCCUGUGAGCUCACUGCAGAACCCAGACUUAUGGAGCCCAUCUACCUGGUGGAGAUCCAGUGUCCUGAAGUAGCAAUGGGUGGAAUCUACGGUGUGCUGAACAAAAGGCGUGGUCAUGUGUUUGAGGAGGCCAGUGUUAUGGGAACCCCAAUGCGUGUUAUUAAGGCCUACCUGCCUGUCAUGGAGUCAUUCGGUUUCACAGCUGACCUUCGUUCCCACACCGGUGGCCAGGCCUUCCCACAGUGUGUGUUUGACCACUGGCAGAUCCUCCCUGGAAACCCAUUUGAAGCUGCAACCAAGCCUGGUAUUGUGGUCACUGAAACACGCAAGCGCAAGGGUCUCAAAGAAGGUAUCCCACUGUUGGAGAACUACCUGGACAAAUUGUAAAAGCUUGCUCUUGCCUCAUUCCACCUUUUACAAUAAGUUACAUCAUGGGACCGGACUGUACAGACAUUAAGUACUAAUGUUUGCCAAAUGGAUUGACAAAUAAAUGAAUAAACUACAAAAAAUUGUAAACCAUAAUAAAGGAAAAUAAAAAAUUG